CCUUGACCCCUCCUGAAUAAUUCAGAGAACAGUUCCUCUACCUGCCUCGUAUCCGCGAGUGUCGCCAGGCAACUGAAACGCUAUCCAGGGCUGAAAAACACCCACUGUAACACAGUGACACACACACACAGGCAGCUCAAUGUCUGUGAUCUUCCUGCAGGACCGAGGACUCCCUGGGGCGACAUGUCCAAACCCUCGUCCAACGUCAAGGCUCUCCAGGCUAAUUUGAACAUCCCGAUGGGAGCUCUGCGUCCGGGGGCGGGACAUCCUGUCAGGAGGAGAGAAGAGACAACGGACACAGAAGAGGGUUCUCCUCCGGAGCAGCCCAAAGAUGAAGCUCAGACGCCGGAGGAGAAGAAAACAUUACCAGGUGCCGUGAAACUACCCGGACCCGCUGUCAAUCUGUCCGAGCUGCAGAACGUGAAGAGCGAGCUGCGAUGGGUGGACAAGGAGUAAGGUGCGGCCGGCGACACACCCGAACGUUGCUGCGACAUCUGACCACCCCGAUUCAGCUGGAGGAGGUUUCACUCUACAUGAUCUCCAUACUGGUCCACAGACACGGAGUCGAUGAUGUGAAAAGGCUUUUAUCUUUUUUAAGAGUGCAGCGUGGAGACGCAACAACACGGUACAACCUUGCUUUUGGACUGUGAUUUUUGUGUUGACGUGCAGCGGAAUGAGUGCAGUUUUCAGAGGUAUAUUCUGUAUUUCCUUCUUUUCUGUGAGACUGAGACGCAGUGCUGACACACACAGCUUCAAUAACUACUACAGAUGCAAACACUAGACGGCAGAAACAGUACAAAGAGUAGCCAGUGUUACUCACCUACAAUACGGUUCAAUCUUCAUCGAUAAAACCCUCUGUAAACAGGUGAUUUCAUCUGGCUCCCACAUGGAGGUUUAUCAAGUUGGGUCACUGUACUGUGCAGUCAUGGCAUUUGACAGUGAAAAUGUUGGAUCUGAAUGUUCCAUUAGUGUCCACAGACUUCAGGUUACUUUACUAGUUUUGACAGCUCUUCAUACAAAUGAUGUUUGUUGGAAAAACGCACAUUUUAUAUUGUCUAUUUAUGACAUGAAAUAUUAUCAUAUUGUGUUGCACACACUUGCUUUUAAAGAGGACUGUAUCCAAAACUCAUAAAUACUUGCAAUACUACACUACAUUGAAGUAAAGUACACGGUGUAUUGUAGAAUAUCACGGUGUAUUUGCCAACACCAUAACCGGACUGGACCAAUGAAACCUUACUGUAUACAAUGAUAUACUGUAUGACACUAUACUAAGCCACUACAUAUAGUACUACUGUAUUCACCUUGGCCGGAUCGGACAACAAAGUAGUACACAGCAAUAUACAAAGACAGCAAAGCAUCAGUGAUAUUUUAUUGCUGAGUCAUCAUUAGAUUCUGUGGCCAAUGGGGUGGGACGCAAUGAAAGAGAGAGCUAGAGGAAGAGACCGCCUAAGUUUUCAUAGGUUUAAAUAUAUAAAAUGAGAUACAAACCGAGGAAUUACUGUAUAACAUUGACGUGUUGAGUGCCACCUGGAGGUGGCGCUUUUAGGUAGGUCAUAAAAGUUAUGACAAGGGUCAUUGAAUGAGUUUAAAUACAAAAUAAGUGCGUACAUGGUUCCAUCUCCAGGCUCAAAAAUGAGGCUUCAUGAAGCUUCAUCAGCUCAUCACUACUAUUUAUUAUUCCACUUUAGAGUACAAUAUAUGGUGCUACACCACAGUAAACUACUACACACCUGGGGAGGGCUAUUAGAUUUCUAUUAGAGUCGUGAAUUUAAAUUUGUCCCCCAAAUACUAUAAAGCAGUGUGGAACUAGGAAAGUUGAAUUAUGCCAUGACAUUAUAUGCUUCGAAUUCAUUAUCCAACGUUAGAUAUUGAACAUUUUCUACAUAUAUUGUAACAAUGGAAAAUAUCUUUAAGAGGUGAAUAUGUUGGAAACAUAACCAUGGACACAACAUGUAAAUAUAAGACAUUAAAGUGACUUUACACUGUAGUUUUUCAAUAUCUUUAAUAGUGUUCCAGGCAAGAAUAUACCAUUAAGCAACAUAUUGAACUGGCGGUGAGUUAAAUGAUAGUAAGCCAACAUAAAAAGUAUAAAAGUCGAUAUUGCAAAAUGUGGACAGAAUACGGACAAAAAUGUUUAUGAUGGAUGAAGUUUAUUAUACUAAAAAUAAGCUGUGUUGGUUCUGUGGAACCCAAUGGUGUAAUACAAGAGUCUAACCUCAAUUCUGGGUCUAUGACAAAUGUAACAUUCUCACCCCUGUAGCUGUGUGUCAGCGCUGAUCAUAACGGUGAUAUUUUCUUGUCAUUUCAUUUCUACUGUUUCAAACAAUCGACUACUGAUCAGCUGUUUGGAUAAUAAAGUUCUGGCGGGCAGUGAAUGUGCGUGGCUUUGUUACGAUAAAAUGCCGCAUCAUAGUUUUGAGCUGAAAUAUUGUGACAUCUUUUGCUUGGAAGGGAAAUAAAUGUGUUUUUG